AUCAUUGCUAGGAAGAACUCUGGGUGCAAUUAUGAACACAAUGUAUGUGAUGAUGGCUCAAAUCUUAAGAUCUCAUCUGAUAAAUGCUUCAGUGAUUCCUAAUAGAAUGAAAAUGCUUCCAUAUCUUGGUGUCAUUAGUAAUAGAAUGAUGUCAACUCAUAAAUCCAAAAAGAAGAUCAGAGAAUAUUAUAGGCUGCUGAAUCUGGAUGAAGGAUGCUCUGCAGAGGAUGUCAGGGAAUCUUUUCGUAAACUUGCCAAGCAAUACCAUCCUGAUGGUGGCUCUAGUACCGCUGAUUCCGCAACAUUUAUAAGGAUCGAAGAAGCUUAUAGGAAAGUGCUUUCCCACGUGAUAGAACAAACAAAUGCCACACAGAAUAAAGUUGAAGAAGCAGAAGAAGAAGAAGAAAAAUUCAAAUAUAAAACACCCCAACACCGGCAUUAUUUAAGUUUUGAAGGUAUUGGUUUUGGAAGUCCCAGUCAACGAGAGAAGCAAUAUAGGCAAUUUAGAGCAGACCGUGCAACUGAGCAAGUGAUGGAAUACCAAAAGCAGAAACUACAAAGCCAGUAUUUUGCUAAUAGUGUAACUGUUAAAGAUGUAAGGCAGAGUAAAGAACGAAAGAUAACUCAAGCAAUAGAGCGAUUAGUGGAGGAUCUCAUUCAAGAAUCAAUGGCAAAAGGAGACUUUGACAAUCUCAGUGGGAAAGGAAGACCUCUAAAAAAAUUUUCUGGCUGUUCAUAUAUUGAUCCCAUGACUCACAACCUGAACAGAAUAUUGAUAGACAAUGGAUACCAACCAGAAUGGAUCCUAAUGCAAAAGGAAAUAAAGGAUACUAUUGAUCAACUCAGAGAGGCAAUUUUAGUGUCUAGGAAAAAACUUGGGAAUCCAAUGACCCUGACUGAACAGAAACAGUGGAACCAAGUUUGUGAGCAGUUUCAAGAAAACAUCAGAAAACUAAACAAGCGCAUUAAUGAUUUUAAUUUAAUUGUUCCCCUCCUGACCAGGCAAAAAGUCCAUUUUGAUGCACAGAAAGAAAUUGCCAGAGCCCAGGAAAUGUAUGAGACCCUUAUAAAAACAAAAGAAGUCACAGAUAAAAACCCAAAUAACAUUGAUCAGGGAGAAGGGGAGAAAACACCUGGAGUCAAGACAGGUUUUUUAAACUGGAUGAGUGUAUGGAAAUUUAUUAAAAUAUGACCAUUUCAGUGUUCGUGGUACUGCCCUAAAUCAUUUUCAGUGGCACUGACAUCACACAUAGAGGCUGAUUUAUUGCUGUAACACAAGAGAUUGAGAACUGUGUGCCUCUGUACUUUUCAGAAAAUAUAAUCACAUCUCUAUUGAUGUGAAAGUGAGAAAGCUGUUAAGAAACUGAGUCAGAGAAAUGUUCAACCAGCUUUGCUCUGAGGAUAUAGCAAGAAAAGAAGAGAACUUCUAAGAAAACCAUUUAAUCCAUUUUAGAGUUUAAAUGUCAGUCAUCAGGUGAAAUGAAUUAGGACAGGGACUCAGUCUGGGAAUCAUAAAGGGUAUUGCAAAGUCUUAGAGCAGUUUUAAGCUCUAAUAACUUUAAAACAGUUGCUGUUUGCCAUCUUCAAACACAGGUACUUAAACAACAACAAAAACUAAAAAUGUAUUAUCAAGAGUCACACAACUAAAGAAGUAUGAAAUGUAGGCAAGUAAACGUCCAAAUGAUGUAUGUUUUUGCAAGUUUCCUGCGUUUGUAUACCUGAACUUGUUAAAGCUCAAAACUGUUCUAGGACCUUUGGGACACUCUCUACAUGGGUGGAAAUGUUGAGAUCAGGAAAUUAGCCUAAUGGAGCUACUGCACUCUUCUUUUUUUUUAUAAAGGCCUUCUCUGUGGGUACUGAAUUAAAGAAACACCAAACAUCUGGGUUGUACAUUUCCUCCCUAACUUCAUGAUCUUUUGGCUGUAGAAAUUGAUCAGCCAAGCUAGUUGAUUUAGCUGUUCUAGAAACAGACCCCAGCGUCCACUUUUA